AAGCCCCCCCCCCCCCGCCCCUCUAUCGUAUUCACACGCUACACACCGUACCCCGCGACCGGGAGGGGAGGGUGAGGCUGUUCCCCACCCCCAGCGCGCGGACCCGAGAUGCCGCUCUUCGCCACCAACCCCUUUGACCAGGAUGUGGAGAAAGCAACCAGUGAGAUGAAUACUGCAGAGGACUGGGGCCUCAUCUUAGAUAUUUGUGAUAAAGUUGGACAGUCGCGCACAGGGCCUAAGGAUUGCCUUCGGUCUAUUAUGAAGAGAGUGAACCAUAAGGAUCCUCAUGUUGCUAUGCAAGCACUGACACUUCUAGGAGCAUGCGUAUCAAACUGUGGUAAAAUCUUUCAUUUAGAAGUGUGUUCGAGAGAUUUUGCUAGUGAAGUAAGCAACGUAUUGAAUAAGGGUCAUCCAAAAGUCUGUGAAAAGCUAAAAGCCCUCAUGGUGGAAUGGACAGAUGAAUUCAAGAACGACCCACAGCUUAGUCUAAUAUCUGCCAUGAUAAAAAAUCUUAAGGAACAAGGAGUUACAUUUCCAGCUGUUGGUUCACAGGCUGCAGAACAAGCAAAGGCAAGCCCAGCUCUAGUAGCCAAAGAUCCUGGUACGGCAGCUAACAAAAAAGAAGAGGAAGAUUUAGCAAAAGCCAUUGAAUUGUCCUUAAAAGAACAAAGGCCACAGCAAACAACACUUUCCAGUUUGUAUCCGAGCACGUCAAGUCUCUUAACGAAUCACAAACAUGAGGGCCGAAAGGUUCGCGCAAUCUAUGAUUUUGAAGCUGCUGAAGAUAAUGAAUUAACAUUUAAAGCUGGAGAACUUAUAACUGUACUUGAUGACAGUGAUUCAAACUGGUGGAAAGGUGAAACUCACCAAGGAAUAGGAUUAUUUCCCUCUAAUUUUGUAACAGCUGACCUUACUGCUGAACCAGAAAUGAUGAAAACGGAGAAGAAAACAGUACAGUUCAGUGAUGAAGUUCAAGUAGAGACAAUAGAACCUGAACCUGAACCAGUUUAUAUUGAUGAAGAUAAAAUGGACCAACUGUUACAGAUGUUACAAAGUGCAGAUCCAACUGAUGAUCAGCCAGACCUCCCAGAGCUGCUUCAUCUUGAAGCAAUAUGCCACCAAAUGGGACCUCUCAUUGAUGAAAAGCUGGAAGAUAUUGACAGGAAACAUUCAGAACUUUCAGAGCUCAAUGUUAAGGUCAUGGAGGCUCUUUCAUUAUAUAACAAGUUGAUGAACGAAGAUCCAAUGUAUUCCAUGUAUGCAAAACUACCAAACCAACAUUAUUAUAUGCAGCCUUCUGGUGUUUCUGGCUCUCAGGUUUACCCAGGGCAGCCUCAAAGUAGUACAUAUUUGGUGGCAGGGAGUGCGCAAAUGGGCCAUAUUCAAGGCUAUAAUCUUCCCCAAGAGCAACUUCCUUCUCUCAACCAAGGCACGGUUCCUCAAUCGGCAAGCUCAGGACUGCCUAGUCAGCCAGCUCAGACAUCUUAUGCUAAUGCAAUGGUCAGCUCUGUUCCUGGAAGCACAUAUUCCAACCAGGCUUCAAUGUACAGUCCACCUCCUGCUGCUGUUGAUGUUGCUGCUUACCAGAAUGCUGGAACUAAUGUGUCCCAGGUGCCAAACUAUAACUUAGCAUCUUCAUCUCUGCCUCCACCAGCAGGCAGUCAACAACCGCCGCCGCCACAACCACAUACUUACUCCCAGAAGGCACUACUAUAGGACCCAGGACUUCUGAUUCCUAAUCUUCUCUAACCUCUGCUAAAUGCAGUUGACAAUGUUAUAAGCUUCUUCCUUUAAUCUCUUAAACAUUGUUUAUCCUCAGUUUAAUAGGAAUCUACCCUGGUGAACAGGUUCAAUGAUUCAAUUUGCACUGACUUUUUAGGAUUUUUUUUAAUUUUGCAGCGGAACAAAAAUAUUUAGGACACUUAAUUCCUUUUAAAAGGCCUAAAAUUGGUACAAGAUUAUUUAUGUCUGGUAAAAUUGGCUAAUCUGUGAAAACUCAACUUGCAAACUUUUGUGGCAUAAAUGUUAUGUACAUAAUAGUGUGUGAUUGCAAUAGUGGCCAUUUGAAAUAGCUAUGGUGAUCAUGUGAAUAUAUUUAACACCCUGUUAAAAUAUUUUACAUUACUAUUUUAUUUUAAUCAUGUUUCAUAGUUGUACCUCGUUUUGUAAAGGAUUUGAUAUCCUUUUGCAAUGCAAGAAAAGGCUUAAAUCUGCAUAUCAUAGUUACUAUUUACAUGCUAAGGUCUAUGUUAAUUUCCAGACUUAACUACGUGUAGGUUUUAUUCAUUGUGAAUUGAACUUAAGUAUACCAUGACUUCCUGUAAUCUGCAGUACUAUUAGCUGGCAUUAUCUACCAAAGUAAACUAGUUAACAUUUUAAAUGAUCUGGCGAGGUCACAGCAAAUGAUGAUUCUGUUUUAGAAUAAUAAUUAUUUAAAACACCUAUUUACAGGCUGCUAAACAUAUCAUGGGACCAUGAAACUGAUCAGAAUCUUUCAACUUAUUGUUUAAAGCAUAUAAUGAUGUACUUUUCCAUAGUAGCGUUGUAUAACUAGGGUUCUGAACUGUAUUGUGUGUGUAUUGGUGAAGAGUACACCAAAGACGGAGAAACUGAGUUUGGAUGGGAAUGAAUGGAAUUUUUAAACUGGAACAAAAACAUGAAUACACUACAUUA